GCAAUCAGUUCGGUGUCUGCUGUGAAUUGUAAAAACUAAAAAUGGCCACGAGAGCUGUUAUGUUUACCAUCGGCAAGUUUCGAUGUUUUCCAAUCUUAAAAAAUAGAGUUGCAAAGUUCACAUCAUCAAGUAAUCUACUGAACACUUCGACAUUCGACCCUGGGUACACUCGCGAUCCUAGUGAAGUGUUUUUCAAAGAAAAUGUCCAAGCCUUACUUGACAGACUCACUGGCCGUGAUUAUGAAAAAGUUUUUCAAAACCGAAAACUAGGGCAGAGGCUAGAACCUCCCAAGUAUGAGCUUUUAACACAAGCUGAAGUUGACCAAGUGAUGGUGGAGAUGGAAGUAAAACUAAAAAAAAAACUCCAAAUGCCCCCCCUUCUUAAAGAAAGAGAACCAGUCACUAAAAUCUUGUCUAAAGAUGCUGAGCUACAAGGUUUUGAUAACUGCAAGUAUGUUUUCAUCGACAUAUCACAAGGAAUCAAUGAUAGGAAGCGUGAAGUUGUUGUCAGGGAUCCAAAUGGUGUCUUGAGGGAUGCAUCUUGGGAAGAAAGACAAAAAAUGUGUCAAAUUUACUUUCCCCUUCCAGGACGACAAAUUUCUAUGCCAAAAAUGUUUGAAGAAACUCAUUUACAGGACUGCCUUGACCAAGGUCAAUAUCAAUUUGUACUUGAUCGUGCGUGCGCACAGUUUGAGCCAGAUGACCCAGACUACAUACGUGUAACAAGAAAGACAUACAACUGUAUCGAUGAGAACAAUAAAUUUUCCACGCUGAGAUCCACGCGCCAUUUCGGUCCAAUGGUGCUACACCUUGUUCUCUGCAAGCGAAUGGACAAUCUACUGUUCCACUUUAUUACGUCCAAGGAAGUUAAAGCUGCUGCUGAUCUUGUUCGCCUUUUUCAUCUGGUUUGGAGUGAUUCAUCGCCUAGCGAAUUAGAUGAAUUCCAAUUAAUUGAGAACUACAUUCAAGGACCGGCUGUAAAGAAACCCGCGUUAGAGCUGGCUUGGCAAACAUUUUUGGAAAUUGAAAAACAACGACUUGAAGCUCUCAGUCAACAAAAUAAAGCGUCAAAUUGAUCCUGAUAUAGUCAACAUGUAACUACUAUUGUAAUGGUUGCAAACUAAAUGUUCCCAUUUCAAAGUU